UGCGAGCAAAACAAUGGAUGUGUGUGGAAGACAAGAGCUUAAGUAUGUUCACAACAAUCUCGGGGGACGAGAAAGGUCAGAGGUCGAUUCCUCUCGUGCCUUAGUUACAACUAAUACCAGCCAUUCCAUCGGGUGCCACCCACCUGUCCACUGGCAGGUCACGUGACACGUGAAGACAAGGUGUGGGCGACCUGUGUGCGUGGGCAGUGUGUGGGUGAUGCACUGUCUUACCACCCUGUCUCCAGGCUGAGUGUCGAGCUCGUGUUAAUACAAAUCUUGUCAAUGAAGUCUCUCUGAAUGUGUAAGUGUAUGUGACCUGCCCACCCGACAGCUACACGGGUAACUCAGUUGUCCCCUGAGGUCAUCGUGAUGUAUCCCAGUGUAAUGCAGUCUUGCUUUUCGCACCUACGCGCUGAAUGUUCCAGAGCCCUUCCCUGUUUAUUUACAGGAGUUGUCGCCAUUGGAGCAGAGAUGCCGGCCUGGUGCCGGGUACAGCGGGUGUCGCCAGGCUAAGUGAUGUAUGACGCAGCACACCCCGGGACUCGGACAGUGGGCCACCCUCGCCACAUUCACCGCGUGGCAAGCAGGUCAUUAGAGUGUCGGCCGUCAAUGGGCGCCAUUCAUCAUACUUAGUGGAGAUGAGGGCAGGUGGCGCCCCGCCAGCAUAACCGGAAGUUAUUAUUCUCGCCCAGAUGCCCCUGUGGGUCCAGACUGCUCCGCGUUUACCCAUUCUCAUUCUCACACCAAUUCCAGCCAGUGUGUGCACUGGUGUGACCUCUGACCUUUACUAACGGCGGUUUCUCUCCGUGAGGUUUGUUGUGGGGCCUGACGAGUGGCCGGUAUUUGCACAAACAGGGGAAGUCACUCUCGCGACACUUCCUCACAAAUAUAAAAAAUGGAAAACAAGGAAGUGGUGCGAGUGCUCGCCCCUUGCUACGGUCUUCAGUCACUCAGGUCUUGGCAAACUCCCCGAGCAGCCGUGAUGAGGGGGUGGGACGAUGCCGGGUAUAUGACCUGAACAGCAGCAGCCUGCAGCCCGCAGUCCUCCACAAUCUCCCGUCAUGCCUCUGGCUGCAGCUGACGUCACCGUCCUCGUGACACUCGCGCUUCUUGGUGUCCUGCAGGGUACACAGGGUACACAGGGACAGCACCGGCUGGAUGUCCGCCUGGUGGAUGGACCGUCCAGACAGCACGGAAGACUAGAAGUGCGCAUGUCUGGAGGCUGGCAGGCCGUCUGCUGCAAGGGCUGGACACGUCGUGAGGCCAGUGUAGCGUGCAGACAGCUGGGCUUUGGUGGUCACGUGACCUCUCAUCCGCAGACUCUUCUUCCUGGAAGAGACAGGAAGAGACUGCUUCCGGUGUGGAACAGGAAGUUCCACUGUACAGGGUCCGAGAACUCACUUUCACAGUGUCUGCAAGUCACAGAUGCCGACUGCGGGCCGUGGUCCGUCCUGUCCGCCGCCGUCCGCUGCUCGCCUCCCUCCUCACCUUCUGGCCGGCCCGCUGGAACCACUUGUCCAGAACAUCAGUUUCUGUGCGACCAUCGAAUCUUCUGUGUGCCUGUUGGAUGGACUUGCGACGGAGUAGAUGACUGUGGCGACAACAGCGAUGAAAGUGAAACGUUUUGCGGCAAAGUGGCCCUGGAGGGGGGGACGCAGCGCGAGGGCCGGGUGCUGGUGUACCGCCAAGGUCGCUGGGGGUCCAUCUGCACCGACACGACCUCUGACCCCACUGUCCUCGCUGACGUCAUCUGCAGACAGCUGGGCUACAGACGGUCUCUAGGAUGGACAUCAGUGUCACGAGGUCAGGAGACGCCGUGGGAGGACGACCUCACCUGUACCGGAAGUGAGGACAGCGUGUGGCGGUGUCUUUGGCAGAAAGCGAGGUCAGGUGCAAGCAGAUGUUCCGGUCAGCUGGUGGUCACGUGUCAGGACGAUGAGCUCAGCGAGUUCCGGCAGGGUUCUGACGUCAGCGAGUGUCGCCUGGGGAGCGUCAGUGCUGCAGGCUGCGGGAUGAGCAAGAAACGCCUCGCGACGCGCAUCGUGGGCGGAAGUGACGCUGCGCAAGGGGCGUGGCCAUGGAUGGUGUCGCUACGUCAUCGGAAGGACAACGGUCAGUUUGGUCAUCACUGUGGGGGGAGUCUCAUCGCCUCACAAUGGAUCCUCACGGCGGCGCACUGCUUUGAUGUCUCCGAGACUCCGUCCGACUGGCAGGUGCGGCUGGGGGACUACGUGACCACCGCUAGAGACUCCGCGGAGUUCGACUCCACAGUCGGUGAGGUCUUCGUGCACCCGGAGUUCAACUUCAGUCGCCAUGGUAACGACAUUGCUCUGGUUCGCAUGGGAACGCCUCGCCAUGGAGUGACCUUGACCCCAGUGUGUCUGCCUGAGAAGUGUCUUGACCCCGUGACAGACGGACACGACUGUUACGUCACAGGCUGGGGUCAGACCAGAGCAGGCACUGGAGACGGCGCGGUGCUGCAGCAGGUGCCGCUGCCUGUGGUGGACAAGACGCUGUGCGGCGCCUGGUACAACGAGACCAUCACGACCGACAACUUCUGCGCCGGCUUCAUCCUGGGAGGCAGUGACGCGUGCAAGGGCGACUCUGGGGGUCCGUACGUGUGUCUACGAGGUGGCGCGUGGGUACUCGGGGGUAUCGUGUCCUGGGGUAAAGGUUGUGCUGCUCGACACCAGCCCGGCGUCUACACCAACGUCACGUCUCACCUGCCCUGGAUUGCUGACGUCAUCAAGCACCACAAGGAGCUGCAGCUUAGACAGGUAGUAACCAGCGCUGACACUAGUACACAGCUGUACACAGCUGCACUCCAAGCUUCACAGCUGCAUUUCACACCUCGGCAGUGCUCUGCCCCCGCUGUCCUCUGCAACAACACCAACAUCUGCAUCCACCCCGACACAGUGUGCGAUGGGUACAACGACUGCCACGACUCGGAGGAUGAGAGCAGGUGCCCCACACACGGGCUGCUGUCCAUCCUCACCUUACCUGGCCGGCCAGCCAGCCUGCAAGCCUCAAGCAACACCAGCACAACAACAGCAACCACAACCACGCCACAUCCAGCGUCUACCCAGGACACGCCCAGCGCCUGUCAGCGGGUGGAGGAGGUACACGGGGUAUCCGGCGUGAUUACGUCACCAAACUACUUCUCCCUCACGGACCCCCACUACCCCGCCCUCGUCACCUGCGCCUGGCACAUCCGGGGCCCUCCCGCGUCCUUCAUCGUCCUGCACUUCGACGACUUCCAGCUGGAGGACUCAUCUACGACGGGGCCAGCGACCGGGCGCCGCUGCUGGAGCGAACUUGCGGCAAGUACCUCCGGGGAGGUGCUGACCUCGGGUAGACACGCCUUCCUGCAGCUCAUCACCGACACAGGGGUGGAGGGCCGAGGGUUUAGCAUUGCUUGGACAGCAGUGAGCACACUCACCACGCCCACCACCACACUGACCACGCCCACACCAGCACCAGGUUGCGAUGGCCACGCCCUUGAGCUGACAUCACCCGGGUCUGUGACGUCACCUUACUAUGACGGAAAGAGCCUGUACCCGAGUUUUCAGACGUGCCGCUGGGUGGUGACUGGUCCACCCGGCUACGUCAUCACGUUCACGUUCAAUAGCUUCGAACUGGAGUACACCCCGGGGUGCGAAUACGACUACCUGGAACUGUAUGACGGAGCAAACACCAGCACUGCCAUGCGCACUCUGUGUGGCGAGCGCCCCCCUGAUGACGUCACCACCACAUCCAACAUGGCGCUGGUCAAGUUCGUGUCUGACGCGGAAGUGGCGGGAAUCGGAUUCAAUGCGACUUUCAUCUUCCACAGACCGACAGCCAGGUGUGGCCCUGACCAGUUCACCUGCAACCCUGGGAGCUGUAUCCCCCACAGCGCAGUGUGUGACGGUGUUGACGACUGCUCCAGCGGCGGAGACGAGACGUUUUGUCGUGAGUACCCACCCGAUAUAAGUAUAGAGCUUAGAGGUACCACCACCCGAUAUAAAGAUAGACCUCUGUGGUCACGCCCCCACAUCCCCCCGUCACUGGAGGCGCACAGGAUUGUGGGAGGUCAAGAGGCGGUGCCCGGAAGCUGGCCCUGGCAGGUGUCGCUGCUCAUGAUCGGCAAACAUCGAUGUGGAGGGUCGCUGAUCGCCGACACCUGGGUCCUGACUGCUGCUCACUGCUUUGACAGCAACUGGCGGCUGCCUGACUGGAGUGUGAUGGCCGGACUGCAUUCGCUGAGGACCUCUGACCCUCAUCAGCAGCUCUUUAACAUCAGCCGCAUCAUCAUCCACCCCGAAUAUGUUUCCCUGACGUCAGAGAAUGACGUGGCCCUUGUACACCUGGCGUCACCUGCUCACCCGGAUGAUUACGUCAGCUUGGUCUGUCCGCCGUCAGCAGCGCUGUCGCCUGGGACCAUGAUGUACAUCACUGGCUUCGAUGUUGUACAAACAGUAAACAGCGAUUCAAGCCUCCCAGCUGACCCUCCGUGUCCCUCCUGUCGCCUAGUAACGUGUUGCGCUGAGAAGCUGAAGCAGGCCGCGGUGCCGCUUAUCGACACCAGGGUGUGCAACACCAGCGACUACAACAGCCGAGUGCUGCAGCACAUGGUGUGUGCGGGCUACCAGGAGGGCGGCACGGAUACGUGUGGGGGCGACUCGGGUGGCCCUCUCGUGCAUGAAGCUGGUGGUCACUGGCAGCUGUACGGCGUGACGUCAUGGGGGGUGUCUUGUGGAGAACAAGGAAUGCCGGGUGUGUACAUGAUGGUUCUGGACUACCUGGACUGGAUACGAGCAACUAUCUCCAAGAACUCUUAGGCCGGAUGUUGGCAUCAACGGCUGCCGUUAGCGGGGCGACACCUGUGUGACGUCAUCAGCCACAACACCUUCAGGCUGACCUCCCCUCGUCGUCUGUUUGUUUGUUGUGAGGUUUCCUUGCCCACCUCGUCAACUGGACGUCAACUGGGAUUUAAAAGUUUCUCGGCAACAAGAAUAUUUAUUGCUCAGUUGCUAAUAAACACACACAGACACUA